UAUGCACAUACACAAUAGUUUAGACACUAAACAAAGAGGAGGAGCAGGUGCUUCAAAUUCAGCUGAAAGUGAAAAUAGGGACUUGUAUCUUGGCCGCACCCCAGCAACAUCCACGCACACAUCUUGCACUCCUAUACUCAUCACUUCAGCUGUGUUGAAGAUGGGACAUCUCACUCUUGUGGCUGUUAUAGCAGUGCUCUUCUCUAUUUUCACUGAAACCGAAGCAAGUGCAUUUGUUUAUAACUACGACAGGCUUCGAAUCGUAGGCCUGGUCUGUUCGGGCCUUUUGUUUAUUGGGGGACUAGGUGUUUUACUGUACAACAAGUGCACCAGGAGACCCAAGAAAGAAGAUGACAGCAGUGAAAUCUGAUAUGGAACCUGACAAACCAGUUCCUUGUAGAACAGCAGACAGGCGAAGGGUGGAGAUAAAGGGCGGGAGGGCGUUUGGGGGAAAACACAUCAUCUCACAGAAACCUGCACGUAUGACCAAAAAAAAUAAAAAAUUAUUAAAGAAGUGCAGUUACAGAUUACUUGCUUUCAAUGUGUAUUCCAACAAGAUCAUCAAUGUUCCCUGAGUUGUACAAUCAUGGAGGCAUGCAAGGCAGAAGAAUGUCUAUUAUUAUUGUUUGUAUGUUUGUAGGAUCAACUUCCCUGUCCUUCAAUUAUUAGCAUGUCCAGUGCAUACAUGUUGCAUUACUUUCUUAUAAUAAAGAAUUGCAGGCAGUAAUCAUCAAAGAUAUCUUAGUC